CGCAGUUUUACCGAUAUACGUCGAUAAAUUCAAUCAGAUAUUUAUUAGGGUCGUUUCGGUCGGCUGUUUAUUUCAUAAAGCUCUUGUACAAUUUGUUUAUUGAUUAUAGGAGAAAACCAAAAACAAUUGGAAUGUGCAUACACAAGUGAAAUCGUGUUUGCGUAUGUGAACUGCAGUCUAUAGAUAUUUGGAGAUAUAUUAUGGCCGACAACAAACUGCAAUAGUGUUUAAAACCAUCAACACAGUACUUAUUGGAUAAUUAGUAGCCUCAACUGAAAAUCAAACCAAUAAACACGUCAGUUGAAAGAAUUUAAAUUAUGGACAUCGAUCCAGCAUCGUUGGACAUGGAGUUCAUGUCCAAUACAAUGGAUAUGUGGAAGGAGGAGGAAGAUGCUUUGAGUAUAAUCAAAGAAAUGAUACCCUCCGAUAUGCUGAACACGUUUUUGAAUGAAAUGGACUUGGAUUUAGAUAUGAACAAUUCAACGCCGUUGCUGGAAUGCGCUUUGGACAUGCAACAGCUACCACAGCAAUCGCCGCCACUGCGCGUACAACAACAACAACAACCUCCACAACAACAACAGCAACAACAUGUGAAGAGCGAGCACACUUCUCCCGUGCACAUCAAGGAGGAGCUACUCUCGCAGCAGAGCAAUCUAUUCGACCCGCCCUUAUACAAAACGGAUCCGCUAAUUGCCUCUAAUCCGAGCUUUAGUCCGCAGGCAUUGCCGCAGCUGUUAAAGCCACAGCCCACUACAACCAUUCACCAUAUGGACAACAGCCAGCGUUUGCCGCUGCCUUCGCCCGCGCCAACCAUUUUGUAUACGACAACAUGCAACAAUGAUUUUGUUUAUCAGCUACCGGAAACCUCGUCACCUCCACCAUCUGCAGCAGCCCCACCGUCGACGUCUACUCCGGCUAAAGGUCCGCAUUAUGCCAGCAAGAAAAUGCCAGCCAUGUUGCCGGCGGUUAAGCAAAGUUUUCUUCUACAAGCGCCUGCUGUUAAUCCGGCCACAACGCUGAUGUACACCGGCAGCAAUGCAACUAUAUUGGCAGCUGCCCCGAUGCCCGUGCUGCUCGAGACAGUGGCAGCGACUGCUAGUCCAAAAGCAACUCCAAAGGCAACGCCUGUGGAGCUGGCCCCAGCACCUGCAGCCGCACCUGUACCAUCCGUAACAGCAGCACCUGCUGCUAAGGUCGCCAUUCAGCGCGUGCAGCCAAAGGUGAAGGAGGUUAAACGCUCGGCUCACAAUGCGAUUGAGCGACGUUAUCGCACCUCUAUAAACGACAAGAUUAUCGAGCUGAAAAAUCUCGUUGUCGGCGAUGCGGCGAAGCUGAACAAAUCGGCUGUGCUACGCAAGUCCAUUGACAAGAUUCGCGAUUUACAGAGACAGAACUAUGACCUCAAAUCAGAGCUACAGCGUCUGCAGCGUGAGCUGAUGGCACGCGACGGCUCCAAGGUUAAGGAUCUGCUGCAGCUGGGCAACAGCAACAGCAACACAAUUGUGAAUUCAACGUCAAAGAAACGUCGUCAGCAAUCUACUUGCGAUACGGAUGCUGGUUUGACUCCGCCACGAAGCGAUAUAUCCGAUCCCUCGUCAUCGCCGUUGCACUCGGAUAUUUCGCUGCCACCAUCACCAUACGGCGGCUCCACAGGUAGCUGCAGCAGCAAGGAUGAGGUGCUGGUGGUGCCCAGCUCUAUGCGAGGCAUGGCCAAUCAUUCCCGGCUCGCGCUUUGCAUGUUUAUGUUUGCUGUCUUGGCAGUUAAUCCCUUCAAAAAGCUCUUACAACACAGUCAGUUCGGCACGGACUCCAAUGAUUUUGAUGAUGACGAUCUUGGUGGCGAGAUGAGCCGCCAAAGGCGCAGUAUUUUGGCUUACGAUGAUAACGCGGACUACAUUGGAUGGCAUCCUAGCUCUUGGUUAUGGCUUUUGAAUUUGAUUUUCAUGUUCGGCUGCCUGGUCAAGGUCUUGGUGUACGGUGAUCCCCAGCUGGAUGUGCAAACGGAUGCCUACUAUCAGCACAAGAAACGGGCCGAAACUCACUUUGCCCAGGGCCAACAUGCGCAGGCCUAUACCGGUUACCUGAACUGCUUGCACAUGUAUGGACUGAAUUUGCCGACGUCUCGACUGGAAUGUCACCUACAUACUCUCUGGCAGUUUCUGCGUUUUCUAUUUCAUCGACUCUGGUUGGGUCGUGUGCUCUCCCGUCGUUCUGGCGGACUCUUUUGCAAUGCAACGACUCGCAAGCGUGCCUUGUCCUCUGCACGGGAACUAGCUUUACUCUUCAAUCGUUUGAACCAACUUCAUUUGACGGGCGAUCGUAGCAAUGAUCGUAAUGGCGUUAUGCUUGCUCUCUGCGCCAGCAACAUGGCUGAGGUGGCGCAUAAUUUGCUAACUCCACGCGAGACCAUUUGCAUUCAUGUAAUGACAGCGCUGAGGAUGAAGCGAAGUGCACCCAAGUGGUUGCAGCAGCUCUGCGCCAGGUACUACAUGAGUCGGGCACGUCAGGAAUGUGGGCGUACACGUGCCGCCGAGCAAACGCAAGAGCUUCGCUGGGCAUUUACCACUUAUGGCUAUGGAUACUGCGGCGCGCAUGUAUUCAAUUAUGAGCUGAUCGCUGGCGAACAGGAUGGUUUCUUUACACGCUUGCGCAAUCCAUGCGAUCCGGCUGCAUAUGCCAUCAAGCAAUAUCGCGAGCAUUUGCUGCACAAGGCAAUUCAGUGCUUGGUGGGUGCCGGUUCACAUCGACAAAACAAGACGGCACCGAACAAUAAUAACAACAACAAUACUGGCAGCGAGGCGGAGCAAUUGCAGCAGCAACACAGCGGCACCAUUGUAAGCAAUGUGCUGAAGUACACUUCUCUGCUGCGCGAUACACUAUGGGCCGACGAGGAUGAACGUGACACAAAUGUAGUCUGGUGGGCUAAUGUCCUGGAAAUUGCUGUUCACUGGCUUUUGGGAGAGGACACACAGGCAGAGAAGUUGUACGACAGCAUUAAGCAGCUGCCAACUGAGCUGCAGCACUGCAGCGACAAUGAUCAUCUGCCCAAAGCUUUGCAUGCGGUGCUACGCGCCAAGAUGAUACUGAUCAUGAACAACGGCAACACCUUGGAUAAACGCCUCAAGCAUUCAAUCAACCGACUCUGCGAUGAGUCCAGCGCACAACUGCAAGAAUGCCUAACAGUUAAUCGGAUCACCAAUGCCAAGGGCAUUAAAUUGCUCUUCCAGUUGCUAACCUGUGAUUGGUUGUUGGAGACGCGUACAGCUUUGUGGGAACUGGAACAUAUGGGUAUGGAUGAUGAUGGAUACUAUCAAGUCGCUGGUGAUGUGCUCGAAAAGUUCCAAACAGAUUUGAAUUCACUGCGCAGCAUUGUUGAAAAUAUACCGAACGCUCAGUCGCGUAUUUAUUUGUAUGAGGCAGUUUGCCGCUUGAUGGCCGGCGCAUCCCCAUGCCCCACGCAGCAGCUGCUAGACAGAAGUCUUCGUUCACGUAAUGCGCAAUCUUCUAUUUUUUGCGGCAGCAAAGAUCGACGACAUCAGAACUUUGAGGGCGGCGAACGGGAGCGAGCAGCUGCCAUGUAUGUGGCCUGCAAGUAUUUACCACCUGCCCUCUUAAGUUCACCGGGCGAGCGUGCUGGUCUCCUAGCUGAGGCAGCCAAAACGCUAGAAAAAGUGGGUGACAAGCGUAAACUCAAGGAAUGCUAUCAACUGAUGAAGUCACUGGGUAGUGGAGGAGUGACCCUGAAGGCUUAACCUACUAUUAGUUCAACUGAAAACUAAGCUAAUCCCAAAUGUUCACAAGGCAAAAAGUCAACCGUAUAGAUGAGCACACUGUAUCGAACAAAGUUCCCCCAAGCAUUGGCAGCACACAACAGAUGUUUUACUGCACCCAGCAAGUGUCCGAUAACAUGAUUGGGGUUUGCUAUACAAUGUCCACGCUUCUUACCUGCUAUAUAAUUUCUGUUUAGUUAGUAAUUACUUUUAUUCACAAUUUGUUUAAACGAUAUGGUUAUUCACGAUAAUGGUUACCACACACAUUUACACAUAUAAAUAUGAAUAUUUAUUUAAAUAAAUAUGUCAUGCAUGCAGUUAAUUGGUCAAAUUAGCUGGGCACAUUAAAUUGAACACCUUUAACA